AUGACGACCAUUCUGUUCCUCAUAUUUGCCGUCGAGGUGUUGGCCCAGUUCAUCACCGCUGUGGGCGCGGCACAGAUCAACAAUCUGAUCUGGACCUUGAUCAACUACCUCCCCGUCUCGACGUCCAAAGCCGCCGCCGAGCAGCGCAAGCUCCAGGCCGAAUAUCUCAAAGUACGGCGGGACUUGAACGCCACGAGUAGCCAGGACGAGUUUGCGAAAUGGGCCAAGCUGCGAAGGCAGCACGAUAAGCUGCUUGAGAAGCUCGAUGCAUCCAAGAAAGCAAUGGAAGCCUCCCGAGCCCGGUUCGACAACUACCUCACGGCGAUACGGAUGCUCAUCACCAAAAUACCCCAAUACUUCAUCCCCUUCUGGUACGGCAAGGAGCCCAUGUUCUGGCUGCCCUACGGCUGGUUCCCAUACUACGCCGAAUGGAUCAUUUCCUUUCCCCGCGCGCCCAUGGGCAGCGUCAGCGCUCCGUCAUGGCAGCUGGCUUGCUCUGGGGUGAUUACCCUCCUCGCCGAGAUCCUCAUGUUUGCCGGCAGGCAAAUCUCUGCACAGCCGAAGACCAAAGUGGCACAGCCAGGGGAGAAGGCCACGAAGCCUGGAAAACAAACUGCGGAGAAGUCAGAGGAAAAGAAGGAAUUGUAG